AUGGAGGGGCUGCCACUGCCCUACAAAGAAGACGAGGACGUCGAGUUUGCCGACCUCUCCGCAGCCACCACCAACUGUACUCACUCAACCCCUUCUCUGCAUACCAUUUGCCCCAUGCGCUUGAGCGUGGAUAACGAAUUGCACAACGGGCUCGAUGAUGCGGGUGACGGUGACAUUGUCGACGACGGCGAAGGCGACGGCGGCGGCCCGGUCGUCGUGGACGAGGAGGAGGUGGAGCGCGGCAUGAAGGAGUUCGAGGAGAAGCUCAAGCUCAGCUCCUUUUCGCGCAAGCGCGAGCUCGAGAAGCAGAAGCGGCUGAGCCUGAUGAUGGCCAAGUACUCCUCGCUCUCGCCCUCGUCCUCCGCCUCGGGCACGCCCGGCUCGCCCACCUCCGCCGCCCGCGCCGCCUCGCUCCUGUCCGGCUCGUCGGCGUCGCCCUUCGCCUCGUCGUCGCUGACGCCCCACGGCGCGUCGUCGUCGCUGUCGUCGCCGAUGACGUCAGCAUCGCCGCUCCACGCCUCGUCGCCGUUCUACGAGGAGGAGACGGGCGAGCGGAGGCGCGAGCUGGAGGAGCUGCGGAUACGACUCGCGGCCAAGGACACCGAGAUCAAGCGGCUCAUCCGCGAGAAGCAGGAGGAGCGCCGGAAGGCCGAGGAGAAAGAGAAGACGCGGCGCGAGGUCGAGGAGAAGUGGCAGGAGAGCAUCGCCGAGAUCGAGUUGCUGAAAUCGUCGCUGGAGAGUCAGCAGAUCAUUUUGAAGGACCUGCAGGAGAAGGAGGAAGAGCGUAAGGAGAGAGAAGCCGAAACCGAGGCCGAAAAGGCCUAUUUUCACCAGGAGCUCGAGCAAAAGCUGAGAGAGAAGGCGGAGGAUCUCGAGGAGGAGCUGAUUUUCCGGGAGGAGGAGGUGAAGAAGAUGGAGGAGCAACUCACACAGCUCGACGAGGAGCGGGAGCGGGAGAAGGGCCUGGCGGCCAAGCUCAAGGCCAAGCUGGCCGACCUCACCAAAGAGCUGGCGGCGCGCGACAAGGAAUUCAAGGAAUUCAAGGCCGCCAAGCAGGACGCCCGCGACAAGGAGUCCACCGAAAAGGACAAGCGGAUGCAGGAGCUCGAGGCCAGGGUCAAAAAGAUGCAGAAGGAGCGCGAGCUCUACAAGAAGAUGAAGGCCGACGCGGCCCAGCGCGACCGGGAGCUCAAGGAGGUCAUGGCCGCGACGCAGACGCUCAAGGAGGGACUGGGCCAGGCCAAGCAGGAGCUCGAAGCCCGGGCCGACGACGAGCGCCAACGGCUCGACGAGCUCGAGGCCUUGCGACGCACCCUGGCCGAGCGCGAGAGUGAGGCCGAGGCCCUGCGCGCGUGGAAGGCCCAGCGCGAGGCCGAGGCGGAAGCUGAGGCGCGCGCCCGGGCGGAGGCGGAGGAGCGCGAGCGACUUGCGUGGGAGGCCAAGCUCGCCGCCGCGCUGGCCGAGGAGCAGAGCGCGCGCGAGCGCGACACCGCCGAGCUGCGACGACAGCUCGACGCCGCGCUCGCCCAGCAGCAACAGGACAAGCAGAAGGAGGACGAGAAGGAAAAAGAAAAGGAAAUGGAACGAGAAAAGCAAAGGCAGCAGCAGAAGGCCGACGAGGAGGCCGCGGCCGCGGCACAGCGAAUCCACUCGGCCUCGAUCGCGUCGAUGAUGGGGAGCUCCGUCACGCGGGAGCUGGUCACGGCCGCGCGCGAGGAGCUCGACAUGGUGCACUACCUCACGGCCGAGGUCGAGGCCAUGAUCCACAAGAACGAGGCCGAGGCGGUGGCGGCGGACGAGGGCACCUACGCGGUGUGGAACGCGCGCAAGAGCGAGGCGCUGGCGGCCAUCAACGACCUCAAGCAGUGGAGCGAGAAGGUGGCCAAGUACGCCGAGGAGGCCACCCAGAAGCCCAAGGAUAUCGUCCUCCAGGAGCGCCUCAUGGGCUCGCAGAAGCAGAUGGGCAAGCGCUUCGAGAAGAUGAUCGCCCUCUCCCUGCCCCUCUCCCCCUCGCCCACACGGCAGGAGCAGCUGCGGACGGCGCUGGAGACGCUCACGGCGCUGCACAAGGAUCAGGACGAGGAGGACGGCUCGGAGUCGCUUCUGGGCGGUAGCGACAGUCUGAACUCGUCGUCGUCUUCCGUGUCGCUCUCUUCGUCGCUUAGCGAGCUGCCCGCGGUGGCCCCGACGACGAAACCACCACCGCAGCAGGAAGAGGCCGCGAAGAACAUUGAGACGACGCCGGCCGCGGCGGCUGCCGCUGCGGUGCCAUCGCCAGCGGUGGAAGUCGCGGUGAACGGGGCGCCCGCUGAGGCUAGCCAGCCAUCACCGCGCCAAGGGGCAGACCAAAGCGCGAAAGCGACGACGGAGAAGAGCGAAAACGAAGCUUCACCGCAAGUGGUGGAACAGAAGGUGGCGCCUGUCGCCGUGCGAUCGGCGGCCGAACCCGCGGCGUCGAACGGUGGCGGAAAGGGCGGCAAGGGCAAGUCGCCCAGCGUGAUCACGCUGGCGCAGAAGACGGUCGACAAGGUGGACCACGUGCUGGCCACACUGCGCGGACCCGACAGCGCCACGGCCGACAAGCCCGCGCUGGCCAAGGAGAUCAUGGAGCGGACGCAGAGCCUGCUCGACGGGAUCAAGCUCGAGAUUAAUAACAAGUCCACCGACACCAACGUCCGUGCCCAGCUUUCCCAAGCCGCCGGCCUCCUCCGAGACAAGUCGACGCAGCUCAAGAUCAUUUCGUCGGUGCGUUCACACCGAUCGGGUCCCGAUCACGGGCAGGUCGAGCAGACGGCGAUCGAACUCAGCAAACAAGUCAAGGAAUUGAUCAACGUGCUCAUUGUAGCGUCUCUCAAGAAGCGAGUGGCGGCCUCGCUCAACCAGGUGGCCGCUGUCAAGCGCGUCUUUGCCGUCUUCCAGAGCAAUCAGAGCUAG